UUGCUCCUCAGCCUUGCUGCAGUGCAUUUGCCCUCUCGAGUCUUCCAUGGAGUGCACGGUGCAUUUGGCCUCGAGCGUCUUCCAUGGAGUGCAAGGCACCAAAGACGAGGCUGUGAUGUUUCUCCUCCAAGUUUCCACCUUCCUCAUCGUCCUCCACCUCGUCUCCUUCCUCCUCACCAAGCUGUUCACGUUUCUCCUUGACAGAGCAACCACGUAUGAAGAACAAAGAGACUCCCUUCUCAUCACCGAAGACGAGAUCAAGCACGUAACCCACGAGAUCUGCUCCGAGGAUGGAGAGCUAGCUGCCGGUAUCUUUGGCAGAGAAGGCCUACCGUUAUUCUACCAUGAAAGCGUCGUCAAUGAUACUCUACUUGUCCAUGAAGCAAAGGAUUUCAAUCAGCAACAUCUUUUGGAGGUUGACGAAAGCUUUCUCGCAGAAUUCCCAUACGGCUCCCCACCUUUUAAUAAUGAGAAGCUCGGAAUCGAUCAGUACGGCGAUGCUCCAGUGACCGACGUCAUAAGACCAUCAGAUUCUCCAUCUCCGAUCGUGUGCGAGCUUGUAGAAGAUGAAGACAUCAGCGGAGACGCAUGCCACGGUAUUGUAUUGGAGGAGGCUGAGGAGGAGGCUGAGGUGUUAUCAAAGAAUGAGAUUCUCUUCGUCAUCGGCCAAACACAUUCCGACAGCAACAAGUUUCGGCUGGAAGAAGACGAGGGAACAUUUGAUGGUUCUCUCGCAGGUGAAUCGACAUCCAAUGGCUUUACGAAAUGGAGAAGCUCUGCAAUCAACAGGGCUUCCGAGACAGAAUGCCUCCUCUCCUCUUCAUCACGCAGGAGCUCUUCCAACUGGGAAACACUUGAGUUGUUCCAAAAGUACGAUGAGGAGAUGACGUUCUUGGACAGAAUCAGCUCACAGAAGCUCGCAGAAACAGAAUCAGUUAGGUCCAUUAGGUUCCAACCAAGAUCAAUCUCGGAAAGGAUAGCCCGCAAAUUUACGAUACAGAAGAAGAAGGGAGGCAACAGAGAUCCAUAUCAAGAACUGGAGAUUGCAUACGUGGCUCAAAUUAGCCUCGCAUGGGAAGCACUCAACUGGAAUUACGUCUGCUUCCAGCAGAGGAAAGCCAACGGCGACGGUGAGCGCUUCUACUGCACCGCACGAAUAGCUCAGCGGUUCCAACAGUUUCAGGUCCUCUUGCAGCGGUUCAUCGAGAACGAGCCAUACCAGCGCGAUCGGCGGCCUCAAGUCUUUGCUCGGACGAGGAUUUCUUCCCCCAAAUUGCUCCAAGUUCCCGAGUUCCAAGAAGCCGAUGAAGAUGGAGAAAACAUAAUUUCACCUACCGAAUUCUCGUCCAUUUUAGAAGAUGCGAUCCGAACCUUCAUGAACUUCCUCAAGGCAGACAAGAAGAACCCUCGCCAAAUCCUCAAAUCAUUCGUCAAGACAACCUCAAGCUCUAUGAAGAUGGGGCUCAAAGGCCUGUUGAGGCGAAGGAGAUGUUGGAACAAGAAGUGGGUACAGGGGGAGGAAGAGGAGAUGGACAUACUGAUGGGAUUAAUAGACAUGAAGAUUGUGUCCAGAACGCUGAGGAUGGGUGAGAUCAGCCAAGAACAGCUGCAGUGGUGUGAGGAGAAGAUGACCAAAGUAGGAGCAUUGGAAUGGAAAAGUUCAAAGAGAGUCCUCCCCGCUAGUUUUUUCCCUCUUAACUGA